AUGGCUAAGUUCACAACUUUCUUCUUCAUCAUCGCUCUCCUCCUCUGCUCUACGCUAACGUACGCAUCAGCCCGGUCCAAUCCAACCUCCGUUUAUCCGGGAGAAAUAUCCGUAAAGAAACCAGCACAAGGAGAUGAGAACUGCGAAGGUGUUGGGGAAGAAGAAUGCUUCUUGAUACGAAGAACCUUAGUUGCUCACACUGAUUACAUCUACACCCAAAACAACAACCCUUAA